UUAAACUUAAGGACAAAAGAAUAAAGAGUGAUCGAGGUUAUAUAACAUCAGAUAGAUCUAAUAAGAAGAAAGAGGAAAAUAAAAAUAAAGAAAAGUAACCAUAAGAAGGUGAAUCCGCUAACAAAAUGCAUAUGUUGUUACAUCUGGAACGAUAGCUACAUCAAUAAAUCUAUCAUUCAAACCCUUAUGCAUUCAAAAUACAACAAUCAAAAACAUUCAAUCUAUGUCAGACGGAGAAUAUGUAACAUUUCCAUGUAAAAUUAUUGACGUUGGCUCAGUCAGCAUUCUAAAAAAAAGUUUCUUACGAAAUCUUUUCUUCUUGAGGAGGAAGUUGUAUUGUUUAAUAAUGUAAAUAAAAGGAUUCACAAGUUAAAAAAAGAAGUUCUAGUGGCUGAUAAAACUGAUUACAUCAAACUAAAUUUUUGGGAGAAUAAUUUUACAUUUAUAGAAAAGGAUCAAUAUUACUUAAUUAAAUUAGCAAAAGUGAAAAUAUUUAAUGAUGAAAUGCCUGUAACAACGACAACACAUACAACUUGAGCUUUUCUAUUAUUUGUCCUUAUUUUUACUUAAUUUAUUUAUAAACAGUUUCCAAAUUCAGAAAUAUCCCUUAAUAUAUACUUCUGACAAAACAUGUAGAAAUAUUUCUAGAUUUGAACCUAUCGAAAACAUCGGUGAUGUUGCUUCUUGCGAUUUUAUUAACAUCGUACAAGAUUCAUCAAUAGCAGGUAUAAUAACAGCAAUUGAAGUAAUAGAGCAGCCUUGUCUUUGUCCAAAAUGUUAUUCAACUGGCGUUGAAUAUAAUGGCAAGACUAUAAAGUGUAUAAUAUGUAAAUCAAGAUCAUUGUAUUUAAAAGAUUCAAUCCAACAAAACGAAAUAAAACUUCACGUAACCGAUAUUAAUCAUAAUAUAUUUGAAUUCAUUGUUGAAAGAUCAAAAGUUCAAGUUUUAUUACAAGAAUCUAAUCAUGAACAACUUUGUCGAAACGACUUAGUGGAAGAUGAAGAUAUCCUCGUAUUUAAAUUCAUUGCAGAAAUUGGUGACAAUGAUGAAAAUGCAACAUCCAACACUCAAAUAUCUACUGAUGAAGACAAAAGUUCAUUAUCUUCUGAAGAUGAGCAAAAUGAUGAAAUUCCAUCGAUUAAUGUUCAGACAGAUCCAACUUUACAAGAAAUUCGUUUAUUAGUUAAACGAAUUCGUAGACUCGUCAGUCUUGUUUGUAAAUCAUCAAAUCUACACAAAUACGUUCAGCAACAAAAAAAGGAAAAGAAAUUACCUGGUGAUGUAACUUGCCAAUGGCUGUCAGGUAAACACUAUCAAACUUUAUCAAUUGUUUAUGUUAUCAAACAUGGCUUAUGUCAUGUUAUUACACAACCAUCAUCAAGUCCACAAGCUAAAAUCGAAAAUAUAAUAAAAGAAUAUUUACUUAUCGCUUUUAAAUAUCAUUUCGAUGAAAAAUUAAGUGUUGAACAAAAGGAAGCGAUUCUAGCAAGUUAA